ACAGGCCUUUGCAUUUUGGGGGUACUCCUAUUGCUUUCUUUCCCCUACCAUCGAAACAAUCAACAAAGGUAUAUUCGUAAACCCUAAAUAGAGAAACUCAAAGGUGUCUGUGUGUGUGUAUUUUAAGGGGGAAGAGAUCAAAACCGGCGUAAAUUGUUUCCCUUUCUCCGAAUCCGAAUUGAGAAGAAGAUGGUGGACUUUGGUAGAGUGCAAAAGGAGCUUCAAGAAUGUAACAAGGACAUUAAUGUCUCUGGUAUCAGCGUAAACCCUAAAUCCGACAAUCUCACCAGUUUGAUCGGCACAAUUCCCGGUCCAAUUGGUACUCCAUACGAAGGCGGAACCUUCAAGAUUGAUAUCGAUUUGCCCGAUGGAUACCCUUUCGAGCCACCAAGAAUGAAAUUUGCAACUAAAGUUUGGCACCCAAACAUUAGCAGCCAAAGUGGAGCUAUAUGCUUGGAUAUUUUGAAGGAUCAAUGGAGCCCGGCGCUUACUUUAAAGGUAGCACUUCUUUCUAUACAGGCCUUGCUCUCAGCCCCUCAACCUAAUGAUCCUCAAGAUGCAGUGGUAGCACAACAGUAUCUUAAAGACUAUCAGACUUUUGCAAGCACAGCUCAUUACUGGACAGAAUCCUUUGCGAAAACAUCAUCUCUAGGAAUUGAAGAGAAGGUACAAAAGCUUGUGGAGAUGGGGUUUCCAGAAGGUUUGGUUAGGAGCACUCUGGAAGUAGUUGAUGGGGAUGAAAACUUGGCCUUAGAGAAGCUCUGUUCUGGCUAAUUAAUACACUUACUGGUCUGUAUUUUGACUUUUAAGUUCUUGUUCAUCAAAUGAAAUACUAAAAGAAAUUUGUUGUGUUUGCGGAUUCAUAGUGGAUGGCUGCAUUUAUAUUC